CAUCAGCUGUCUGUGGGAGGAGCUUCGGGCAGGAGGUCAUCACAAACAUGGCGUGGAGAGUCUGUGUGACUAACUGGGCCAAAACAGAGUUCAUCAGAUCCACAAACACCGUUUCACGAGGCUCCAGACUAAACCCCCACAGCCAACAGAGGUGUGGUUUCCGCCGGGAAGCCAAAAGGUCGGACACAAAAAAAGAAAAUGUUGCUCAAGAAACAAAAGCUUCGCCCUCUGAGGCUGGGACACCAGGUCCCCCACCUCCUCGCAAAGCCCCCAGGCCGACACUCUUCAAACCGCUGAUGUUCACAGUGGGGUUUACAGGCUGCUCCUUUGGUGCGGCAGCCAUUCUACAGUACGAGACCCUGAAGUUAAGAGUCCAGACCACAAAAGAUGAAGAGGAGUCAGAAAAUCUCAUACAGGGGUCCAAAGACAUGGCGUACUGGCAUAACUGGUGGAGCCAGCUGUCAGGCUUCCAGCGACAGCUCAUCCUCCUCAUGUCCAUGGCGGAUGACUUCUGGAGCAGCCUCACAGAGGGACAGAGGACUGUCACCGGUAUCAUCGCAGUAAAUGCUGUGGUCCUGUGUUGCUGGCGGAUCCCUUCAAUGCAAAGAAGCAUGAUUAAGUACUUCACAUCCAACCCGGCCUCCAAGACACGGUGCCUUCCCAUGAUCCUGUCCUCCUUCAGCCACUAUUCCAUUAUCCACAUGGUGGCCAACAUGUAUGUCCUGUGGACAUUUUCAUCAGGAAUCGUCUCUCUCUUAGGGAAGGAGCAAUUUCUUGCAGUCUACCUGUCUGCUGGUGUGAUUUCCACUAUGGUCAGCUACAUGUGUAAAACUGCCACUGGACGCCUCCAUCCCUCAUUAGGAGCGUCAGGUGCCGUCAUGGCGGUACUGGCUGCAGUCUGUGCAAAGGUGCCCGAGGCCAAGCUAGGCAUUAUCUUCCUCCCUAUGAUCACUUUCACAGCAGGAAGUGCUUUGAAAGCACUCGUUGCCAUAGACACAGCAGGGCUCAUACUGGGAUGGCGUCUGUUUGACCACGCGGCUCACCUUGGAGGAGCUCUCUUUGGAGUAUGGUAUGUGGCAUACGGUCACAAACUGAUUUGGAGGAAGAGGGAGCCUCUUGUGAAGAUGUGGCACAACAUGCGUUCUCCAGGUACCGGUGGACCCAGGCCAGGAGGCGGGCCCGGGGUCAGCGGUGGUGAUGGUGGAUCUGGACCACACUGAGACUCUGCAAGGUCUUUCAGUCCACAUUUACUACAGAAUAUGCAAGGACACUUUUAUUCACCAAGAGGGAGUCCAUGUGUUACUGUCUAUUAAUGAAUAUAGUUUUUCAUUCACUGUUAGUAAUGAGCGUAAGCUGAUUUAAUGGUAUGCAGAGACUUGAAUUUUGAAAAACAGGUCAGACCUCACAGCUAGUGUUGCGAUCCAGAUGUUCCCUGUUGAGUGUUAAAAUCUGCCGCCCUGCAAGUAACUCCUUCAAGAUACAAAAAUCAAAAAACCAUCACUCUUCUACCUCUUUUUGAACAGAAGAUUUUUAACCUGCAGCCUUCAUGUUGGCUUUUUUCAUUAAUAGCAGCUGUGUAAGACUGGACGAAAAAACUUAAGCGCUGAUACAGUUCAGUGAUUGAAUAUAUCCCUGAAUUUAUUAUUAUAGGCAGUCCUGUGGGCUGGUCUUGUGUUGUUAAUAAAACUUGAGUUUUAACAAUCA